AUGAAUAAAGAAGAAAUUUUCCAAAAAGGAAAGGAAGAACAAAGGCUUUAAAAUUUGGGGGAAUAAUUUUGCCCUUUAUAUGAUUUGAAACCACAAGACUUUCUCUACGAGUUUAUCCCAAGAUAUUUAGAAUAUUAUGUUAAAUCUGAAAAGAGAGAUAAGUAUGCACAACCAUUGCCUUUAAAUGCUAUAACAAAUAGCCCAUUGAGAAAUGUGUUUAAUAAGUUCGAUAUAAAUCUCUUAUUUCCAAAUAGAAAAUGGGAAUUUUCAAUGACAGGUAUUUAUCAAUAUUUACCCAUAAGAAACCUUUUUAAGGCAAAUUAAGUAAGAAACAAAUGUGUUGCUUGCAAUCAACUCGAUUUUAGAAGGAAAAAUGACAACUUAACCAAAGGAAAUCAAAUAAUCUAAGAAAUAUUUACAGAAUGCAAAAUUUUAUGAAUUACUUAAUUGCAAAAAUAAUCGAAGGGAUGCAGUAAUUGUGUAAAUACUUCCAAAAUAAAAAUUUACUUUAAAUUCAUAAAAUCAACUUCAAACCCUGGAGUAUGUUCAGUCUAUGGUGUUUAUCUGUAUAGCAUCAUAUGGAUAUGAUGAGAUCCUUAGGAAAUAUCAAACUCAUUAAGAAGAAGAUCCAUAUCUGUUGGAAGAACUUGGCUUAAUAUAAGAUAUCAGAAAGCAAUAAAAAUAUGGUCAGACUAAGGAACAAGAUUCUUUCACUUACCAAUUAUUCGAUAAACCCAAAAGCUACAGGAUUCCUAAUUUUUAGGCAGAUUAAUAUGUAUUCGACCUAAAAUAUCAAAGAUGGGUAAAAAAAUAAAAUCACAAUAAUUAUCAAUAAAGAGUAUAAAUGUAAAAUGAAUUAAAAGGAUCUUACUUUUUACUGAAAAAAUACCUUUUUACUCCAAAUUUUUAAUAAUAUAGAAAUUUAUUAAAGAAUAUUAAGAGUGAAAAGUUCACAGCUACUAUGGAAUAAUUUGAAGCAAUAGCCAAAUAAGGUGAUACAAUUUUGAUUGGUAGAAGUGGAACCGGGAAAACUACUAUCUCAUUAUUGAAAUUAUUUAUUACUGAUGCAAUUUUCAUGUUGAGAUAGAAUCUUGAUCUUGUUGAAGAAUCUAAUUCUAAAAUUAAUUUGCAAUACACUCAAUAAUUGUCUACUGGAAUUAAAUUGAAAACUUUAUUUUUAACAUCCAGUCCAUUGUUAGCCUAAUAAAUAAAAUAAAAGUAUGAUAAUCUAGUAAAAAAUGUUCAAUAGACUUUAAGAGAAAAGAAUAAAGGAUAAAAGUUUUCAGAAUAGCUAAAAGAAAACCUAGAUGAAAGUACUGUUCAGAUUCUAGAUAUAUUAGAAGAGGAAGAAGAGAGUGCAAGUUAAUUUCAAAUUGAAGAUGAAGAGGAAAAUGAAGAAGACAUUGAUUAAUAUGAAAAAGAGAUGGGUCAGUUUUCAACGAUGUCAGAUAUCAAAUAAUUUCCAGCAUUCCUCACAAUUAGAAAAUUAUUAUUUCUAAUUGAUUCAUAAUUAAGCAAUCCUUUCUUUAAAAAUAAAGAGCAGAUUCAUAGAUCAGCUUAAUGGCAUAAUGAGUAUUUCGGAGUACUUUCUUUGAAUUAAAGUGUUACUAACAAUAAUUUCUAAGAGUAAUUAAAUUCUGAGGUCGAUGAUCUAGACUCUAAGGAAGUCAUUUAUCAUAAUAACAAUUUAAAAGAAGUUACUUUGGAAUGCUUUAAAGACUUUUUUUGGCCUAAAAUCAUGCAAUAAAUUGCGACUGCUGAUAAAUAAUACUUUAAUUCAUUAGAUCCAAUGCUAAUUUGGUCAGAUAUCAUUAAUAUCAUCAAAGGACAUGAAAAUUCAUUUAAGAAUCCAAACUUUCAUCUUAAUAAGGAAGAUUAUUAGGAUUAUUAUAUUAGUCAAAGAUAUGAUCACAAUAACAAGCGUUACUAUGUAUUUAAAGUAUUUUUGAUAUAUGAAAAAUUAAAAUCUAAAUAUGGGUAUUAUGAUAUACUCGAUCUGAUCAACCAUAUUAAUUUCUAAUAAGUGUAUUGCCAUGAUAAAAUUGAGUAUAUGCAUUAUAUUAUACUUGAUGAACUUUAAGAUGUCCCCAAAGCCUUAUUAAUAUUACUUAAUAGAAUGACUUAAGUUUAAUUGUUUUUGGCUGGUGACAAUGCUUAAAAUAUUGUUAAAGGAUCUGGAAUUAAAUUCUAAGACAUUGUUAAUUGUCUAGAAAAGGAGAAGUCAUUAAAAUCAUCUAUUAAUUUACCACAAGCCUCGCUAAUAUAAUUAUCAUAUAAUUUCAGAUCUACCAAUCAAAUAUUGUAAUUGGGUAAUACUCUUGUAACUGCACUUGAAUUGUUCUUCCCAAAUUACCUUGACUUCUUGUAAAAAGAAAAAUCAAAUUAAUAAGGGCCAAAGCCCAUAGUAAUUUAAAGUAUCUAUACUCAAGAUCUGUUGAAUUAUCUAUUCAAAGAAUAUUAAAAUAAAUAAAGAAAUAUAGAAUUUGGUUCUAAUUCAGUGAUAAUUGUUAAAGAUCAAGAGUCUAAAUUAAAAAUUCCGAUCGAACUACAAAAUGCAAUAAUUUUGACAAUUUAUGAAGCAAAAGGCUUAGAAUUUGAUGAUGUUAUUCUAUUUAACUUUUUUGCUGAUGCCUGUGUUGAUGAAAAUGCAUGGAGUUUGUUUCAAACAUUAGAAAUCGUCAAAAUCAAAAAGGACAAGCAGGAGUGGAAUUCUAGCAGUAUAUUUAUAUUUAUAUAUUUUUUUAGAAAAAUUGUAGUAAGUAUUAAUGCAAAAAAAUAUUAGCAAACAUGAAGUGGAAUUGACAAAGCUAGAACUGAGAAAAUAUAAUCCUAAUACUAACAAGUAAAAUAAAAAUAUUUUCAAUCCAAAAAACGUUAAUCUAACACUUUAACAUGAAUUAAAAUAACUAUAUGUCGCUGUAACACGACCAAAAUAAAGAUUAAUUAUUUUUGAUUAAUCUUUAUAAAAUAGACAUUAUAUUUAAUAGAUUUGGGAAGAGUUAGAACUUGUGGAAAUAGUUCGUGUAUAAUAAAUCUAAGAGUUCAAAUUUGUGUUAUCCUUUUAAAUUGAUAAUAAGGCUAAUUGGAAAAAGUAAGGGUAUAGGAUGUUAAGAUAGAAUAAUUAUGAAUAGGCUUAAAAGUGUUUUAUGUUUGCUAAUGAAAUUGAAUUAGCGAAGAAAUCUAUGGCUUAUAAUUUAGCGACUUAAGCUACUCUUACUUCAAAUAAUUUUGGGUUAUUCAUUUAAGCAGCUUAGAUCUUCGAAGAAAUCAACCUACCAAAAAGAGCAGCAUCUUGUUACUUUUCAGGGAAAAAUUAUGAGAAAGCCUUCAAAUUAUAUUAAUAAUUAGGUUGCAAAGAUGAAAUGGCUGAAUCGGCAUAUUUUUCUGGGCAAUAUUAAAUUGCAGGUUAAAUAUUUUCAGAACUAGGAGAAGUGAGAAGAUCGAUGGAAUGUUAUAAUAAAGAGCAGCUUUGGGAAGUUUCCCUAGAUCAAUUAAAUGGGAAUUAAUUUACUUCUGAUGAGAAACUAAUGUUUUUAAAUAUUAUCAUACCAAAAUAUUUGAAGCAAAUAACUGAAGAUAUUGAAAAAGAAGAAAAAUUGGAAUAACAAAAAGAAUAAAUAAAUAACCCUAAUGAUGAAACUGAAAGUUUUGAAGUUGAAGGCUCACUUCUUAAUCGAAGCUAGAUGACAUAAAAAAAUGAAAUUAAUGAUCUUGAGAAUUCUUAAUCUUUUUAAGUUGUAAAGGAUGACUCACUAGAUCAUUUAUCUAUUUUUGAUCCAGAUGAUGAAUGGAUAAAACCAGAGAAUAAGUCUCUAAUUAAAUCUAUUGCAUCUUCUAGUAUAGAAUCAUAAUUUUCAAAUGUCUUAUUGAUGAAUUAACCUUCAAAUACUCCACUUCUCAAAUCAAGACUGAAUAUUUUCAUGAAAAAUAAUGUUAUGUUGAAAUUAGCUGAAAGAUUUUAAUAGUUUAAGAAGGAAUUCAAAAUUCUCUUAGAAAAUCAAAAAAGUUAAUGCGCAUUACUUUCAUUUAGAAAUUAAGAUGAAAAAGAAUUAGAUCACAUGAUAAACUUUUUAUAUGAUUUAGAGAAUUUUGAUAUAGAAGCUGUAUACUUUGUUUUAGAUGUUUUGGAGCAGUUUAAAAGUUACAAACUCUGUAUUUAUGUUUGUAAUCAAUUCAAAUUAUCCUCACAUUUAGGGAGAUACUUAGUAUCUUUGGCAUCCUAAUAUACACCUAUGACCAAAAACAAUUUCAAAUUAGAAAAUUGGGUUAUUGGCAACAAUCUUAAAAGAAAACGUUUAUUAGAUUAAUCAAUGCUAGCAUAAAUGGCUUUCAAUAAUAUUUUAGAAUCGAUUAAUCCAAUAUAUUUAAAAUUUAAAUACGAAGAACAACUUCAUUCAUUCAAUAGUUUUGGAUUAGAAUGUUAUAAAUCAUUAAUAGGGUUAGGCUAUUGGAGAACGAUAAUCCAUUAGUUAAAUUAUGAGAAUGCAGUUCAAUUAUGCUAAUCAUUUAAUAAUUUUCAAGAUUUGGUAAUCCUAAUUGAAAAAGUUAAAGGUGAAAGAUAAAAUAAUUAGCUGACAGACUAAGAAAAGCAUUAGUUAAUUAAAUACAACUAUUUCAUUUAAGUAGAAUAAUACUUCAUAUAAAAUUAAUCUAAUAAGAUUGAAAUUGAUUAAUAAUUUGAAAUUACUAUUUAAUGCUCUUCCAAAAGACUAUUAACUAAAGACAACAUUGUUCAAUUAAUUAAUAACUCUAAAUUAUAUAAAGAAAAUCUCACUUAUGAAGAGAAACUCAAAUAAUUGGAAUCAAUUGUAUUAAGUAUGCUCUGUAGUAUGGGCAUUCUAAAAUUUGAAAUAAAUUAAUAAUACAGCUUAAUAAUUGAUCUAAUAGAGCAAUAACAAUAUUGCUUAAAUCAAUUGGCUUUUGUCCAUAAUAACCCAAACAUUAAUGAAGCACUCGAAUUCUUAUUCAAAUUUUCAUUUCCAACUGGAGAUUUAAUGAUGGAUUUUUCUUAAUAUUGUAUUAUUCACAUAACAUCGAAACUUAUUAAAAAUGUUAAUGAAUAAAUGAUCUUUAUGGAUAUAGCUUAUGAAUACAUUGCAAUCCCUUUUGAAGCUUUAGGCAAAAUUAUUAAAACUUACUUUUGUAAUUUCAAGCCAGUAAUCACAUUAACUUAAGCAAUAGAUAGUUAAUAAGGCUAAUAAGAAAUGAAACUCCUAUUAAAAUGCUUAAAAUAAAGACUUCAGUAUUAAUAUGAGAAUAUACUUCCACAUCUAACUUUGUCAGUUAAUGAUCACAUAGAUUAUUAUGCAAAAGUCACUUAUGGUAGUAGACAGAAGAGUAUUGUAAAUUCAGUUGAUGAUCAUGAGAGUUCAAUUUUGAAUUUCACCAAGUCUGAUGAUAUGAGAACUGUUCACAAAUGGCUCUUAUAAUAAAAUCGCAGAAUCAAUAAAAUGGAUAAAUAAAUUAAAUAUUAUUUAAAAUAUGAAAGUAUACUGUUAUUCGAAUAAGGUUUACACAAUCAAGAUUAGAAACAUGGCUAUAUCAUUUUAGCAUUAAAUCUGCUACAUCUAUAGGAUAAUUUACCAUUUGCGAUUUUUACAAUAUAGAAUUUGAAAAAGAAAGAAGAUUAAUAAUAUUAUUUAAAAUAUUUAGAAUUUUUAGAAUGCUAAUAUUUUGAUAUUAUUGAAGAUUCAUUUGAAUGCUUCAUCGAAUAUAGUUAAUAUUUUGAAGAAAAAAUGUACUUAGAUGAAUCAUUGAAUCAUUUGACUAGAAUUGGCAUCAAAUUACUUUUGGCCCAACAUGGAGUAUCAUAAGUUAUUAUUCCUUAAAAAUAUUAAGACAUUAUAUCGUGUCAAUAAUAUAUAGAUCAACCCCUUUUUAAGUUAUCUAGACCUGAAAUAGUAUUAGAAUUUAUAGAAUAGCUUUAGUAUUAUAUAGAAACAUGCAAUUCAGAGCAUUACGAAUAUCAAUGUAAUUUGCUUUUAAUCAUUUUUAUGGUAAAUUUGCAGAAUCUAAAUGAUUAAAUUAAAGAAAGACUUUUGGAAAUUUUCAGUAACAAUAACACAUAUCGAUAUUAUAAAAGGUUACAUCAGUGCCUUAAUCAGAAGAACCCUAAUUUAUAAUAAGAAUUGAUUGAUAAAAUGAAUGUCUUAAUUAUAAAAGGAUAUUUUGAAGAAUAACUUAUUACAAUAUAAAUUAAAUAAAGUACCCACAACUUAAACUCUUAAAAAGUAUACUAAGAUUGUUUAAAUAAAUGGGAAGGCUACUUUGAAGAGGCUUAGUAAAUUGAAAAAAACGGAAGAAAUUUAUUAAAGAAAUGGAGAUAAUUUAAAUCUUAGCAUUAAAAUAAAAAUAAUCUAUUCAAAAAUAAAUCAUCUCCUUCAGUAAUAAGAUUUUAAUAAUUCCAUAAGUUAUAAUUAAAGGAUUGGUAAUCAUAAAAUAAACUUAUUGAAUACUAAAGUCUUAUUAUAAAGAUAUAUAAUAUUUAAGAGUAUUUUUAUUAUUUAAUUUUAGGGAGCUCUUGAAAUUGAGAUAAAAAAUGUUACGAGGAGCUGAUCUUUAAUUUGUUAAUUUGCUUUUAAAUAACUCCACAAAUUUACUAAAAGAAAUAAUUAAUGGGAAUCUUCCGGUUGAACUUUUUGAGGAGCUAAAAUAAAAAUAUUAUAACUGGAGAGAUAGUUUUUCUACUCUUGAAAAAACUGAAUAGGAACUCUUAGAAAGAAACAGAUAAAUACUCAAAUUGAAAUGGUAGAAACUAUAAGCAGGAGUCAAAGUACAAAAUAAGUUUGAUUCUCACUGCAUUAAAACUGUAGAUGAACAUAUAGAUGAAGAAUCUCAAGAUUGA